AUGAGAGUGAAGCGGACAGAAAGCAGACAGACACCUUAAAACAACAAGAUAGACAGGCAGGUCGAUAGACAACAGAAGUAAUCAAGAUGAUGAUGAUGAUGAAGAAACCCAUCGUUCUGAUGACCUGCCUCUUGCUUGUCUCGUCUCUCGCUAUCGUGGCAUCUCAGGUCAGCUUUGGUCCAGAGAACUGCUGUUUUGACUUUGUUGCUGGAAAGCUAAACAAAAGAAAGGUGGUGGAGUACAGAUACACAGACACUCGGUGCGCAAAGCAAGCUGUGGUUUUCACAAUGAAGAAAGGCUCUGAACUGUGUGCCAGAGCGUCUGAAGACUGGGUGAAGAAUAUCGUCACCUACAUUGACAGCCAAAAUCCGAACAGCACUGCCUCCACUAACUGAGUGGUGGAGCAGUAACCCAUGAUAUAUCUUCACAGCUUUCUCUAUUUUUAUAUAUAUAUAUUUCUAUUUUUUCUGAAAGCUUAAAAAUAAAUAAAUGCACAAUAACCUUUUCUAAUAAUCUGUUCUUCUGUGUGUUUUAAUGUGGUUUUAAGUGAUUAGGUGUGAGCUCGCAAUGUUUUCUGACAUCAUGUUUUGAUUUACAUUGUAUGCCAUUGUAAUGCAUUUGAUCACAAAUAAUUAAAUUCCACAUUGUUGUCUUCAUGCAUUUAA